AGAAGCAAAUCGUGCCAAAACAAGGAGUCCACAAACAGAGAAUUGGCAGUGAAUGGAGCUGGCGGGCCCAUGCAGGCGUGCUAACCUGGACCCAGGUCCACCAACUCCAGGGAUAACUAUGGAAAACUUGUGUUUGUGAAGAAGUUUUGGGGCCAAAAGGAAACAAAAAAAGAGAAAGAAAAAACUUGUUGCGGCUUUCCUUCAUGCAUGAAUGCGGUUUCAGGAAUAUACUGCAGGGCUGGUGGUGGUGGGGGAAGAAAUGGACCACAGCUCGAAAAAAGGUGCUUGGAUGUCUAUUAUCCGUGGAGCUGAAAUGUGCGUGUGAACGACAACAAAGAAGGACAUGAACAAUGGCAGAGAGAGAGGGCAAGAAUGCGGUUGUGUUCCACCGCAGCGUCUCUUUCAGAAAGUUGGGGUCCGGGAGGAGUGACGAGGGCCGGCAGCAGAGCAGACCAGCAGAGGAGCCGCCUCAUGUCAGUGCGUCAAGAAAAGUUUCCAAAAUCUCCGCCGCCACCGCCGGCCUCCCGACCGCAGACCCAAAAAGAGGCUCCCCCGCUUUUCUCUCCUCUGGUAUUUCUCCAUCCAUCCGGGAGCGGAGUGAGAGGUUCAGCAGUACUGGUGCAGCAGUAACCCGGGCCAGCAGCUCUCUCCCCCGGGCCAGAGCCUCCAGGAGGGAGACCGGCUCUUCUCUCCACGAGGACAGCGACCCUCCUUCCUUCUCGGACGCUAAAGUGUUCAGGUUUCACUCCGGCACCGACUCCGUGUCGGGCUCUGACUCCGAGAAGCGCAUUUUCACUCGUUUAUCGGCCAACGACGACGGCAGCAGCAGCAACUCCGGUAAGAAGAAAGACAGUUUUCGGACAAAUGCACGUCUCGUUGAUCUCAGAAAGAGUUUGACUACAGACGAGGAAGAGGAGGCUUCACCGCCGUAUAAAUGUCACAGAAGUUAUGUAAAUGUCCACCACGGUGAUUUUAUUCCCACGCACUCUGACAGGUGGCCGAGUGUGACCAAAAUUAGACAAAUCUUUGAUGAAAAGGAAAGCAAGCUUUUGGAGCAGCAGAAGAGCGACACUUGUGAGAGUUUAAAAGCAGCUGUCAGAGGACAUCUACACCCCCCCAGCUGCUCCGAUAGAGGUGACAAUCAGCCACACUGCAGCUCCUUUAAUGAAGCCAGUGGCCUGUCUUUGCAUGACAAAUGCACAGUUGGAGCACAGAGCAGGGAAAGCUGCAAAACUAAAGAGACCUGUUGUUAUGGUGUAGACUACAAUUCCAAAGUUGAUCAUCCUCAGUAUUCAGAUGACGAGGAAGCAGACAUAGAAGCACCCAAGGUGUCUGGAGGACAUACUUCUCGGAGCGGUAGCAGUCGUAGUCAUUACCAUAGGAUUAACUCAUCUCCGUACAGAUCUCGUAGUCCUAGUGCAGAGCCGGAGGCGGUCCACAAGACCCCCAAAACGACAGGAUUGACAUCUGACCCUAAACCUGACCUUCAACCCCGUGCUAGUUCGUCUUGGAAAGGAGCGGUGAGCUUAGACACCUCCUCCUGCUCCUCCUCUCUUCAGGGGCUAACACAGAGGGAGAGAAGGGAUAGACAGGGGGUCGGGCUGCCCUGGGAUAGUUUACAUUCCUCACAUAGCUCCUCUAGAGCAGCAGCCCCCACCUCCUCAUCCUCCUCCCCUGCUCCAGUUCCAGAUAAAGCCAUUACCACCUCCUCCUCUACUGUAGCUCCCUCAUCUGAGCGAGGAGCCCCAAGAAGAGGGUGUUCUCCCCUCAACUCUAACUGGAAGUUAAGCUCUGGAGAAGAAGAGGAGGUGCACACCAGGAAAAGACGAGGAGGUGGUUUGGGGGCUCCUUCUGGCCCAUUUCCCUUUGGCACCUAUGCAGGGGGAGAGAGAGGUGCCACAGAGCGGGUAGGCAGCUAUUUAGCCCGCAGUAAAAAUGGACGAUGGGGUGCUAAGGGCAUUGGCAGGUCCUCCGGCAGCGAGGAAGACGGCUCUCCUUCUGUAGGCCCCCACUGUCGAGAGGCAGUGCGCCGCCGCUCACUGAGGAAGAAGAAAAAGAUCUGCGGGGCUGUUCCAACAGCAGGCCGUGAUGAUUACGAUGAUCAUGAUGGCGAAUCAGAUGAUAGUGACAGCGAAACGGCCUUGACAAUGGAUAAGUUAGAGAGGCCGCAGCAGCAAAACACUGGAGGAGAGUUCGGUGGGACAAUUCAGCGGAGCCACUCGGCACGAGAACCCAGCAGGCAUAGCUACAGAGCCAGGGUGCAGCACUGGGAGCGCAUCACCUCACCUGUGAUGUCCCCCACACUUCCUGGUGUUUCACGGGUGUCAAAAGUGCACAUACCCCCCUUUGCUUCCAAUCCCGGCGAUUCACGCUGCAGUAGCAGAUACUCCAGCACUGAGACACUGAAAGAGGAGGACCAGGAUGGCAGCUCUAGCUGUUACUUUACUUCCGGUGGUGCAGAAAGAAGCACAAGCAGAACUUCAUCCUCAUCCAUGCUGAGUAAAACUUACCAUGGGAAUUUUACCAUGUACCGCUCUCCAAGCUUUGGCCAUGGGGAUAAUUUUUCCCGUGGCCCUGUGCAUGUGCGCCCCAAGAUUAUGCCAACAGCAACCCCCUUACCCAGUGUACCUGCAAGAGAAGGUGGGGUGUCUUCAGGUGUCAGAGGUGGUGAGGCAGUGCUAUUAAGGAAAGCAGCAGCAGGGGGUGGGGUAAUGGAUAAGGAGAAAAACAAAAUUUCCACAUCCAAUCCUGAUAUCGCCUCAGAAACUAUGACCCUUUUAAGCUUUCUGAAAUCUGAUUUUUCAGAGCUCAAGGUGCGGAAAGCUGGUGUAGGUGAAAAAAGUGGAGUUGUGGAGGGUUUGUCAGCAUCAAGGAAAGACUUAGGCCCUCACAGUGGUACCCUUCUACCUUCUGGUCGUCGCCCAUCGCUGAAGGACCUGACUGCGACUCUGCGGCGCACAAAAUCCUUCACUUAUUCAGAUAAACCUGCAACAAGCGUGAGGUGUUACCUGACAGCGGGCACCACAAAGAGGAGCCACUCUGAGCAGCAGCUCGCCUUGGAUGGAGAGAAGGGUGAGGGAAGGGUGCCGUUGUCAGACAGAGAAGUAGAAAGUGAUGGUGGAGAUUUCAGGGUUGUGAGAGGGCACAGAAUGAGUGGUUACAGAUUUAAUGAUGAUGAUGAUGAUGAAGAAGUGAUGCCAACUCCAUUGCAGGAAAGGUGUGUGCAGGAAGCCAGGCAGGUUAUUCAAGAUAUCUGCCAGAUGUGUACGAGGGAAGAUGAUGAUGACGUAGGUGUAAAGAGAACUGACACAAAUUUAGGUGAUGUAUGUUUACAGGUCAAAAAAACAAGCGAGGGGAUAAAACAGGCUGAAAGUAUUAAAGAGGAGAGGAGAACAGCUCAAGAAGCAGAGUUGGAGAUCACAAAAGACAGAGAUAAACAUGAGGAGAGAGAGAAUGGGGAGAGGAGUGGACAAAGUAUGCAGCUAGAGAAGCUAAACAGCAGGGGCACAGAGUGCUGGGAGAAGUCUAGGACUCGGAGUAGAGAGCUGGAGAGAGCCUUACCCAAGGGCGACUCGGAAGAAAGCAUGUUCUACGACCGCUCAGUGGAUGAACUUUCUGGCCAAGAGUCCAGUUUAACAGACGAGGGGAUUGUGACAGAGCCGGAGACGGGUCCCAGUGACCUCUCAGAGAGGUCUUUCUUGGGAUCGGCAGGGCUUAAUUUAGGGCCGAGAAUAACAAGAGAUGUGCUAGGGCAGCCUGUCACUGCAUGGAAGCAGUCAGCUCUCCAUGAGGCUGCAGGGAUCAAGCAGGAAGGAGAAAAAGUGACAGAGAACAGCUUGGGUUGCACGAACCGUCUGAAUGAAGUCACUAUUCCUCACUCUUUGGCUCUUCCUGUAUGUAAGUCUGAGGAUGACAAACCUAUGGUGGAGCUGAGUGCUAGUGCUAGCGUUAGCAAUGUCAGCACUGUCAGUGAGGCGAUCCACACCAACAGUGCUGUGUCACAGGGGUCAGCCGCCACGGUAGGAGGAGGAUUUGAAGCCCCUGCAACCCCAAGUGCUCUCCGUAGGAGACGCAAAUUCUCCCCUUCGGGUAACAACAACACAGUCUCAGAUUCGAGUGCUGGCUGUCAUGCAGAGUCAACAAUAGCAGCUUUAGGAAAUGGGGAGUCCACCGUCUAUCGGUCUCUUAGUGACCCCAUGCCUCAGCGGUGCUGUUCUGCAGCAGAAGAAGGGAACAGCAAUUUUUCUUCUGUAGACAGCAACCUUCUAGGCUCCCUGUCUGUCAAAGGAGGAGGGGCAUCAGAAGCCUCCUCUGAUGCUGCAUUGACAGAAUAUAAGGGCAGCGUUGCCAGUGACUUGUCAGUGUGCAGUGACGGUGGCCUCCGUGAUGACAGCAUCCGGGAUUACAGCGGGGUGAUCAGGAAUAUUGUUGCCGAGCCAGGUGCAAUGGACAAGCUGAUGACGGAAGACCAUGCUAAUGGUAAAGCCCCCAAGAAGAAGUCUUUCAGUGACCCCAGUCGCCGCAGUGAUGCCCCUUUGCUUUCUCAUAAUGACUCUCAGCCUGGCAGAACUCAACCAAUCCGUGAGCUGGACCAAUGUGGGCAGAUUCCACCUUCCAGCAGUGAGCCAAUCCUCAGUGAGAAGAGAGAUGAACUGUGGGAAAUGGAGGCUAAGCCUACACAGCCCGAUCAAGUCAAGAUGGCUCGCUCCCAGUCAGAGUCCACCCCCGACCCUGAUAACCUCGACGAGGAAGAUGAUGAUGUGAUAGAUCAAGGGUGUGAGGAGGCGUUGCCUAAAUUUAAUCCCAAGCUUGCUGAAGUCCUGUCUCCUAGACUGUUGCGUCGGCCCACUAGAAAACGUCCAAACAGGUUGGCUUUUUUCUCUCAUGAGGAUCCUUUUGAACCCCUUGAACUCGCUUCAAAAGACCUGGAGGAGCUUAGCAGCCAGUCCAAACUCGCCUCCUUUCUUUCAGCUCAACCACUGAAAUCCAAACCCAAAGCCACAGCCAAGCAUGUCCGCCAUGCCAGCGAGCCUGCUACCUUCAUCCCCAUCUCCCCACCUCCUCAUCUCCAGCCCCUGAAGGAAGCGGAUGUCCGAUCCACUGCAGGUCCUCAGAUCUUAAGCAAGCCUCCCGGAGAUGAGGCUCCUUCACUGGAGGAUGUGACGCAGAAGUACAUUCUCGAUCUCAGCGCCUCUGAGAAGGAUGCUGAGGGCCCAGGGUCGCUUCCAGGAGCAAGGAAUGGAUCUCAAGGGUCGGUGUCGGCUUCAGAGAGGAUCAGCGAGACCAGCAACAGUGGACUUGCAGAAGCUGACCCUCAGAAGAAGGAGGAGGCUGCAUCAGGCUCUCUUCCACAGAGGACCAAACCUACAGUGGACAUGAGGAAACAUGUGAUGAUGACUCUCCUGGACACAGAGCAGUCGUAUGUGGAGUCUCUCCGCACUCUGCUUCAGGGCUACAUGCGUCCUCUCAAACAGCCGGACAGUGGCUCCAUAGUGGACCCUCUACUAGUGGACGAGAUGUUCUUCCAGAUCCCAGAGAUCCUGGAGCACCACGAGCUCUUCCUGGAGCAGGUCUCUGGCUGCGUCGGCCAGUGGCACGACAGGCAGACGGUUGGACACCUCCUCAUCCAUUCAUUCUCCAAGGAGGCUCUUGCUAAUAUGUAUUCAGCGUACAUCGACAACUUUCUCAAUGCCAAAGAUGCUGUGAGGAUCGCCAAGGAGGCCAAGCCGGCAUUUCACAAGUUUCUGGAGCAAAACAUGCGCGAGAAUAAAGAGAAACAGGCCCUGGGCGAUCUGAUGAUCAAGCCGGUGCAGAGGAUUCCCCGAUACGAGCUGCUGGUUAAGGACUUGCUGAAACACACACCAGAGGACCACCCUGACCACUCGUUCCUACUGGACGCCCAGAGGGACAUCAAGCGACUGGCAGAAAAGAUCAAUAAGGGACGCCGUUCUGCUGAGGAGGCGGAAAGGGAAGCCCGGGUCAUCCAGGAGAUUGAAGCACACAUAGAGGGAGUUGAACAUAUUCUCAAUCCCCAGAGGAAGUUCUUGAGACAGGAAAUAGUCAUGGAGGCGAAGUCCGUGGGUGGGAAGAAAGACCGCUCACUCUUCCUCUUCAGUGAUCUGAUCAUCUGCACCACUCUCAAGAGGAAGUCUGGCUCAUUAAGACGCAGCUCCAUGAGCCUGUACUCUGCUGCCAGUAUGAUUGACACGUCCAGUAAAUACAAGUUUCUUUGGAAACUUCCGCUAGAGGACGUGGAGAUGGUGAAAAACUCCGCUCAGGCAACAAAUAAGGAGAGCAUCCAGAAGAUGAUCAGUCGAUUGGAUGAGGAUCUCAGCACACUGGGUCAGAUCAGCAAGCUGUCGGAGACCCUCAGUUUCCCACAUCAGUCUCUAGACGAGGUGAUAAAGGAUCUGAUGGCGUCGGUUCACAAAGAGCUGUCAGAGAAACAGUCUCUGGCUUUCAGUAUGACUUUCCUGCCCACGAAACUGGAAUUCACCACAGCCUCUGCCGAGAGCAGCUUCGUCUUUGAGUUCAGCUCGCCCGAUGCUCGCUCCAGCUUCGAGCAGGCCUUUGAGGAUGCCAAGAAGAAGCUGGCCAUGAACAAGGACCAGUGGGACCCAGAGUUCCUGAAGGCCAUCCCUAUUAUGAAGACCCGCAGUGGGAUGCAGUUCUCGUGUGCCUCGCCGAGCCACAGCUGUCCAGACAGCGGCUGUGAAGUGUGGGUGUGUAACAGCGAUGGAUAUGUAGGACAGGUUUGCCUGUUGAAUAUCAAAGAUGAGCCCACGGUGGAGGCCUGCAUCGCCGUCUGCUCGGCAAGGAUCAUAUGCAUCGCCGCCGUUCCAGGUCUCAAAGGAAGGGAUCGUGGAUCAGAGCCGGCGCCUGCCUCCUCAGCACCGGUGCACGCCCAGCAGCAGCUCCAUAUAUCCAUCUCUCAUUCAACUCUGGAGCUCACAGAGCAGCCGACCGGUCCGGGGGCGGAGCUUGUCCCAUUCGACAGCGAUGACACGGAUGAUGAAGAUUCACCCAGUCCCUCUUCUACACUUCAGAGCCAAGCCAGUCACUCCACCAUAUCAUCUAGCUACGGCAAUGAUGAGGGUCCAGGCAAGGACAUGGCUACAGAGACCACCAGCAGCGAGGAGGAGCAGGAGUUCCCGGUAACAAGCUCCUACGGAGCUCCGGGGAUGUUAAGUGUCGGCGGAGGAAGCCGUGCCCACGCAGAGAGCCCCAUGGAUGGCCGGGCCAUGCGGCGAUCCUCCCGCGGAUCCUUCACACGCGCCAGUUUGGAGGAUCUGCUCAGUAUCGACCCAGAGGCAUAUCAGAGCUCUGUGUGGCUGGGCACGGAGGAUGGAUGCAUCCAUGUGUACCAGUCGUCUGAUAACAUCCGCAACCGGAAAAACAGCAUGAAGAUGCAGCAUUCAGCCUCCAUCCUCUGUAUACUGUUUUUGGACAAUAAAGUUUUCGUGUCCCUGGCAAAUGGAGAGGUGAUUGUUUAUCAGAGAGAAGCAGGUAGUUUCUGGGACCCCCAGUCUUCGCAGACUUUAGUCCUGGGGACGCCCAGUAGUCCGGUCACCAAAAUGGUUCCUGUCGGAGGAAAGCUGUGGUGUGGCUCCCAAAACAGAGUCCUUAUCAUCAACACCACGACGCUGGUGCAAGAGCACUUCUUCCAGGUGGGCACCGACAGCAGUCGCUGUGUGACGUGCAUGGUGGCGUACGGUCAGGGCGUGUGGUUGGCGCUGCAGGGCAGUGCACAAGUCAGACUGUACCACGCUCAGACCUGGGAGAGCCUGACCGAGGUGGACGUCGCGCCUGCAGUGCACAAAAUGCUUGCAGGUGCAGAUGCGAUCAUCAGACAGCACAAAGCUGCGUGUCUCAGAAUCACAGCCCUGCUGGCCUGUAAGGACCUGCUGUGGAUCGGCACCAGUGCAGGAGUGGUCCUGACGCUGGCGAUCCCGGCGGUGAGCUCAGGAACUGGAGCUGGGAUGUUGAAAUCUCCCCUGGUUCCCAUGGGGUCGGCUCACGGACACACAGGCCAUGUCCGGUUCCUGACGUCGAUCGAGCUCCCGGAAGGGUUUGACGUGAACUUCCCUCCCACGGCGUCUGACUCCACAGGAAAUCCAUCUCAGAGCAGCGCCGCCAUUGACGGGAGCCUUCAAAGGCGCGACUCGACACAUCGCAGAGCCUCCACCCACACCCCUCCGAAAACCAGCCAUCUCGUCAUUUCUGGAGGAGACGGCUACGAGGACUUCAGGCUGACCAAUAGCAGUGAAACUGUUGGACGGGACGACAGUACCAACCACCUUUUGCUCUGGAGGGUCUGAGACGAUGGAACGCCCAACCUCCCUCUAGCGGAGAUCCGCACUCCACCUCCUCUCCUUUAACCUGAUAAGACUCCUCCGUUUCUUCUGCUGUCGCUUGGUCUUUAGCUCAGUCCACCAGUCUCUGUGUGCAUAAUACAGCUGUUGGCUCCCAGCUGGAUUUAAGAUUAAUACAUUAACAUCAAACUGAGUUUUGCUGCGUUACGUUUUUGAUGCUGUCCGUGUGUCUAUGAGUAUAAGCUUAAAAAAAAAAACGUGUCUUAAGGCUCAAGUUUUUACUGAAAGAGAAGCCAGAGAAGGGAUGAAGCACACUUUAAAAGACAAACACGUUCAGAUGGAGAACAAAUGAAGAAGACACAGAAGUGGACUUCUGCAGAGCGUCACAGGAGGAUGAAAGGACAUUUGAGUCAACGUAGCGACAUUAAUGAAGCAUUGCAUGGGCUUUGAAACCCUCUGUUGUUUUUGGACUUCAACACUUCACUCCAGCUUAACUUGAACCGCAGACAAUAAGCCUCCAGAUGAUCAGAGGUCAACAAGUGAAUGAAGUGAAAUCCUGAGUUAUGUAUUUAUGCUUUUUUUCCCAGCUAAAAUUCCACACAAGUGCAGAGAUUCAGGUGAUCUGUGAGCUUUCUUCGGAGUAAAAGGACAAAUAGUUUUGCGCCUUUUUAAACGGAUUGGUCAUAAAUGGACAACUGCAUUUGAGAUGAAAUCUUUCUGGCUUCGGGAGGGAGGUGAUUUUAUCAACCACCCGAUCGCUGAUCAUUGACGUGAGGCUGCCGCAGUCGUCAGUCCUCCUGCAGAGGGAGCGGGAGUGAGAGCAUGGUUUUAAUCCAGUAUGUGACGACAACACUAUGAAAGCACACACAUUAAUGCACAGCCUUACUCACCUAGUCUGUGGACUUGAGUUUUCUGCAGAUAUUCACAUUGCAUUUGUUUUGUUUCUUUUAAUUGUCCUGACAGUUGAAGAUGACAUAAAUGAAGAGAGGAAGCAGUGUCCCACUACUGUUUGGAAACAAAAAACAACAAAAAAGUGCAUUGGAGACAUUUCUCCUUAACAUGA